CACAGCACACGCCACAAUCAGUAUUGCGUUGCCUGCGGUAAAAGAUGAAAUUGCUACCUUGGUAAAUCAUGAGGGUUUCGCCCAGCAGCGCAUGUCAGGCAUCAGUGUUGCAUGGCCUCGAGAUUGAUCGCGCGUGUAGUAGAUAAAGGAUCCAUUCUUCAGAUGCGUUCCCUGCAGUUCCGCGCCCCGAGUUUAACCCGACGGUGUUGGCGGUGCAUGUAACGUCUUGCACUGCUGCUACGAAGUCUCCGCAAAGAAACGUAUCAUGGCGAGGCUGUUGGCGCGUCACCUGCCAAAGUUUCCACUCUGCCCUAUACGUUGCCUUCCUUCUUCGCCCAAAAGGAUCGGAUUCUUGUUCCACCACGGGCCUGAGCGCCAUGGUAGCAGAAUUACUGCAGGACAUCUGUAUUCUAUCCUGCAAGCUUCACGAUCCUAUGCUCGUGAGAGAACACGUUAUAGCUUGUUUGGUGAUAGAAAGCCUGGCGAUGAAGAGUUCAGGAGAACAUGGACCAAAGAGAUGGAUGAGGAUGACUGCUUAUGGACCGCAAGUGAGGACGAAGACGAAGGAAACAAAAAUAAAGAUAGCAAGUUGGAGAAGGAAAUAAAGAAAAUAAGGAGCCAGACAAAGGAGAAGUCGAACCUUAUUGAUGGCGAUGAGAGCGACGAAUUAAGAAGUUUGUGCUCGGACACUGAUGAAGAAGUUACUUUAUGGAGUGGCAGUGAAGACGACGACGACGACGAUAUUCCCACUGACCCAUUCAAGAAUGAACGAAGCGAUCCGCAUAUAGAUAAACUGUUUGAGUUUGAGGAAGCACCCAAGUACCGGACCAUCUCUGAAUUGUUAAAAGCGGAGAAGGAGCCUCCAGAGUUAUCCCCAGGAAAGCAAGCUAGAAAGCUUGCUGUUCAGAAUGCAUUGAAAAAGCUAAAGAAAGGCCCAGACGGACGGUAUAUAAACGUGUUCGAUGUGAUGACUGAUAUUGAUAUCUUGAUUGGAGCCUUUGAGAACAUUAUUGCUGGACCAGAGUAUGCAGAGCUCCGAGAGGGCGGACCUAAGAAGCUAAACAUGCAAUUUUUCAAGGAUAUACAGACACGCAUGCGAGAUCCAAAUUUCAGGUUUUCUCCCGAGUUGAAGCUGAAGCCAAAAAGCAAAUUUGUUUCUCGGAAGAAGUGGCAGAAGGCUCAAGCAAGGAGGAGGAAAAAUGAAAAGCGUUGAGAGGAGAAACGCUACAUACUGUUUUUCUUGAAGAGAAGGGGUGAAAAACAGAUCGUGGUAUGAACGAAAUCUUGCAUCUACAUUAACCUUUCGUUUGAUAUAUCCCAUUGUCUUUGACUGAACUCAUGCCAAGUGAAGAAUCCCAUGGAACAAGUCACCGAAUGAGUGAAUUAUGUACUCAUGAUUAAUUGGAUUAUCAUGAGUUUCUCGUAUAUUUUAAGAUAAUUGCAUAGCGAAUCUGCAAGAUUAUUAGAUAAAACCUAUGGAUAAUAAAUAUGUAAUUUAGUACUGUUUCUCA